AGCCCUCUGUCACAGUACUAUGCACAAGGAAGGGGAAAACAUUAAGCCCUAGAGCUUGUUCGAGUGAAAUUAAUCCCCCUUUUUUAAGGUGAAGAACAAUGAGUGAAAGGCAAGAUAUUCAGUUGGAUCCGCAGAUUCAAUCGCCUCAGGGCUCAUCAAGAGAUGACACGAUCUCAUGGGUGGUGGCGUUGGAGACGGCUUUGCUGCCAUGCUUGCCCGCCAGAGAGCUUCAAGCUAUCGACCGUUCUCCCCACCCUUCUCAUCAGAUUGAUGUGGAAAGACAUGCUAGAGAUUUCAUGGAGGCUGCCGAGGAGCUUCAGUUAUACUUACUUGGCCUGCAACGUGAGGAUCAGCCAACUAAGGCUCAAAUGCUCACACAAGAGAUUAUAACAAUGGAAGAAGAGCUGAGAACUAAGACGGAGAUCAUCAAGAAUCAAGAGAGACUGAUCCAGGGAUGGAGUAAGGAUUUGAGUGACCAACUGGACAAACACAAUACUGAACUGGAGAGUAUAAUUUGCUUGAGAUUGAACCGACCAUGGAUCCAGCUAUACCGGCAUUAUAUCUGCUACCUGUGUAACUCAAGUAUACAGUUAAUAUAG